CUGUCAGUGAUGUACUAGUUACUAUCUCACACAGAGUUGCUUUGAUCUGAGCAUCUAUCUCCUGAACUCAUUGGAAUAAAAGAGUCAUAUUUCCUGGAGCGUUUUUCCUGAAAACAAGAAUUGGAUGCCCUUCCACCUUUACACCUCCACCACAUUAACAGCAUGCAGCAGACACCAAACCCCUAUUCCCAGCAAUUGGACACAGUGAUUGGGAUCCUACCUCAAGUGCAGGCCGCAGUGAAGGAGAUGGUGGUGGAUAAUGGGAGGCCUCUCCAUCACUCUGAUGUCAUCUUACCAUACAGUAUCAGUCAAGAAACGCAGAAGAGCUUCUUUACAAAUAAGGAGGGGGACCAAAAGGCUUCACAAACUGCAACUUUUAGUUCCUCCAUAGAGGCUCCUUUAGAUUCUGUAACCAAUGGAUGUGUUUUGAAGAAGAAUGAAAAAGAGAGGACAUAUGAAAAACAAAGUCAACCAAUGUCACCCACAGAAACACUGAAACAUUUCCACUGUCAUCUCACAAAGUUUGAACUGAAGGAGAUCAUGGACUAUUCUGAGAUAUGGUACUUGGGUCUGGACACCAAAAAGAUUGAAGGCUCACAUGGGACAUCACUGAAUUCUGGCUAUGAUGAUGGGCAUGGUAAUUACAUUGUGGUUCCACAUGAUCAUAUUGCAUUCCGCUUUGAAGUUCUGGAGAUGAUUGGGAAAGGAUGCUUUGGCCAAGUCUUGAGAUGUCUUGAUCAUAAAACAAAUGAAGUAGUUGCAAUUAAAGUUAUCCGCAACAAGAAAAGAGUGAACCUGUAUGAACUAAUUAAGAAGAAUAAUUUUCAUGGCUUCAGUUUGGCACUGAUUCGUCGCAUAGCUCGCUCCUUACUUAAGUGUCUGCAGAUGUUACAAAGAGAGAAAAUCAUCCACUGUGACCUUAAACCGGAGAACAUCCUUUUGUGUCCAAAGAGCCAGGGAAAUAUUAAAGUGGUUGACUUUGGAUCCAGUUGCUAUGAACAGCAAAGAGUGUCCACCUACAUCCAAAGCCGCUUUUACCGCUCCCCGGAAGUGCUCCUUGGGCACCCUUACAGCAUGGCUAUUGAUAUGUGGAGUCUGGGCUGUAUCCUUGCAGAGCUCUAUACUGGUUACCCCCUUUUUCCAGGAGAGAGUGAAAUGGAGCAAAUUGCAUGCAUUGCUGAGGUGUUAGGACUGCCUCCCGAUUACUUUAUACAGACUGCAUCCAGACGGAGAGUAUUCUUUGGUUCCAAGGGAAACCUCAAGAAUAUUACUAACAGCAAGGGGAAAGUACAUCAUCCUAACUCAAAACACCUGGCUAGUGUUUUGAGGACAAAUGAUACUCUUUUCUUGGACUUCCUUAAGGGCUGUCUUAUGUGGGACCCGAGUGAGCGCAUGACACCUGAUGAGGCCAUGCAGCAUGAGUGGAUUCAGGAGAGUUUUCAAAAGACUGGCAUUAAAAUUCAGCCAGACAGAAAACCUGCUGACACACCAGACCAGACCAAGAAAGGCUCAUUCAGGAUGAACUGCGGCUGACUGUCUGACUUCAAACGUCAAUGACUGCCAGUGUCAGCCGGGAGGAGCUAGAAAAGACAGCCGCCUGCCCGGACGGCUGCAGUCUACCUAACCUGACUCAGACAUCGUGGGAAAUAAUGCAGAAUUUUGUUUGUAUUGAAUACAGUUUAAAUUCUCUUCCUAUUCAUUAAAAUGAACAUGAUGACUGACAAAAUAAAUUACUAUGAUGAUGUGUUAAUAAAUCAUUAUUGUCAUAGCCUACAUUUACAGGUCUGUAUU